AUACGAGAGGAUGACGCCAGCUAGCGAUCAGUUUACGAGGAGCCGCGAUUGCAAUCAUCCCCUUCCAGGAUUUGUGCGCCUCCUUUUGGGCACCGGGAAUGCGCGCAAUGUACGACGACAUUUCAGACGCGUCCCCCGAAGACGCUCGGAGUGGCUGAAGUAGACUACGUGACGUGUGCGGAAAUUUUAUUUGCGUCUUGGGAAAAUUGCUGAUUGGCAGCCAGGUUACCAGAUCCGGAAUCACGAUGACAUCGAUGCUUCGAUCGGUACGCUAAGAGAUAAGCUUGUUCCCAUUGUCAGUAGCCAUCUGGGAUGGAUAUAGAAGACGAUCCACGUUCGGUUGUGUGCAUGAAAAUUCGCGCGAAGGAUGUCGUUACCUAAGCGUAGAUGUGGACAUAGAUAUCGUCCUCCCCGUUUUUCACCUCAUUCUUCGCGUCCACUCGCGUUACGGGAACUCGUAGCGACCGACGUACGCCAAAAAAAGAAGAGGAAACGGCAGAGAAGCGAAAGAAUGGAGGGAGGAAAAAAUCAGAGCCAACCCCCAUUUUCAUCUGCAUGGGAUUCGACGUAUGGACGACGAGGGUCCAGAACGAAAUUAUUGGCGCCAUUGAACGACGAGGACAGCCGAAAUGGAGGAGAAUCAAACAUCGGAAAGUGUCGCUGUAUUACCGGACAUGUCCGAACCGUUGACGAGCGAAACCGAGGAGUCUUCUACCCUGACGGGCGAACACGAAGCCCAUCCUGUCGCUGUCACCGCUAAUGUUACAUCUGUUCCUGGAGUCGGCGUUCCAGUUUCUCUACCCGUUGGCUCCAUCAUCGGCGUCGCUAAUUCCAGCAAUGGAACCACCUUUAACGUCAUUACCUCCGACCAGCUGCAGCCAAUGGUUGACUUCCAGCUACCAGGCUCUGGUCAAUUCAAACAAAUGCUAUGUGUGGACAAUGGAUUUAUCUGCGAACCCCGUCAUGACAAGGAUAGCGAUCCCUUGCGCUGGAAUGGGGAGCUAAAAGCAACGCAUAUAGUUAUUCAGAACAGCGCAGAUGAUAAUGAUGGCGACCAAAUUCACGUAACGACUGCAAAUUCUCAGCCAAUAUGCAGUUGGUCAGAGUCAGCCAAUAUGGCUGUUCUCCCAGUGAGAUGCAAGAAUACAAAUGCGGAGCUUCAUAAAAGCCGGUUCGGGUCAGGGGGAAGAGGAAGAUGCAUCAAACUAGCUCAAGAUUGGUACACACCCAGCGAGUUUGAAGCACUUUGUGGCAGAGCAUCUAGUAAAGACUGGAAACGUAGCAUCAGAUUUGGUGGAAGGAGCCUGCAGACCCUGAUAGAUGAACAGAUAUUGAAACCACAUGCUACAUCCUGCACCUGUGCUGCAUGUUGCGAUGAUGAUAGCGCUACUGGCCCAGUACGAUUGUUCACUCCCUACAAGCGCAGAAGAAGAACAAGAGAAACGUCUGAUGGUGAAACUCCGAUACGUAAACUCAAGAAUGACAAUUCACGAGACGGCAGUAACAAUGACGAAAGUGACAACGAGGUAGUCGUUCCAGAUAAAGAAAGUUGGCCUCAAUUUGUAUCUGCCGAAGGAUUGGUCGUCCAACAGCCACAGGAGCAAGAAACAGUUGUCCAAAGCGUUCACCAAUUAGAAAAUGGUCAAAGCGACGAUGUCUUCAAGAAAUUAGAUGAAAUGUCAAACAAGAUGCUUAAACUCGCAUACGAAUUCAGGCAGACUUUAGCAGAUGCCAAAGAACUUAGUAGACAACAAAGGAGAGAGCAAGCCCUUGCUGCACAGCUCAAUGCUAGGGGCGAGGUCAUAGAAACUGUUGAUCUACAACCAGCUUCGGAUACACAGAAUAAAAAGUGCGCGAACUGCAGCCGUCAAGCGUAUGCUGAGUGUUCACUAUGUAGACGCACGCCUUAUUGUUCUACAUUCUGUCAGCGUAAAGAUUGGGCAGGUCAUCAAGUUGAAUGUGUGAGGGGAGCAGCAGAGACUGUCAUGUUGAUAGUUGAAAGUAGCAGCGGAGACGCAAACGCGCUUUCAGCAUCGGCAGGGGACCAAUAGCUAGUGUUCCUCACUCCGAUUCACCAAAAGAAUCCUGGGAGUGAAGAAUUGGAUAUGGAAAAUUCGUCAACUGAAGAAUCAGAGAGAGAACUCAAAGUUGUGAAAUCAAAGUCCAAAAAAGGUAGAGAAUAGUUUAUUGAUGAAGUAUUACAUUAUUACAAUCUUGAUGUUUGCGUAAUAACUAUUUUUCCUUGGCGUAAACCAAUCAAACAUUAUAGUAUGUUAUGAAAAUAGUAGACAGAUUUGAAAACGGACAGCGGUCCAAGGGCGUGACAAGUAUUUGAAGAAGAAUCAAACAUAUUUUGCGAAUUCACAAGAAACACCUCCGAUUUUGAGGACGAAUUCAUACCAAAUGCUAGCUUAUAGUUUUUUUCCCGAAACGAUAUGUAAUCGUACAUAGAUUAGAACUUGUAAAAAUAGUGUAAGUUAUUAUGAUGAUGAAGUUUGAAUCUACUCAAGUGUAAGAUAAUUACAUACUAGGUAUUAGUUUUCAUCUUAUAUGUAUAUUAAAUGAAAUUAAGUUUCGGCGCGUAUAGCUCUGUGAAAAGCCAUGAUUGAAGUUUCGGUAAUGUUUGAUAAUACAUUGCCUACGUUCGUAAAUGAUCAGAUACACCUGAUUCGAUUCACACUGACUACAAUUUUUCUGCUGUUCAACGACUAUUGAUGAUGUUCAAACCUAAUUUCUAUACAUGGGCCAAUGUAAAUAUCAACCAUUUCCGUGAUAUUCAACUAGGUUGUCUGAUAAUUUUAUGCCAAAAUCAUAAAUACUAAGUUAUACUAAUAAUUAUGUUCGUAAAAUUAUUCACAGUGACUUCAAUUCUAGAUGAAUACAUAUGCAUAAUCCGAACCGAUAAGCGAGUAUAGCAUUUGAUAUAAACAUAACAUAACAUAACUCGAUACUUAUAUAUACUUAAACCGGAUGAACUCUAUGUCGCCGUCAAAAAAAGCAAUAAACUUUAACUGGCUCGUAGUUUGCUUCUUAAUUCUCUUCUCUGUACUACAGGGUAUUCGAGAUAUAUUUUGUAGGAGUUGUGAUAGUCGAUUCUGAAUACUCGAGUCGGUUAAAAAUGUAAAAAUGUUUGAUGGAACCAUAGAAUCUUGAGUAAUAUGAUUUAUUCUGCACAAAAA